CUCGCUAGCGAUUAACAGUAUAGGGGUAGUGGAAAAUCGAAUUAACGCCACGCCCGUUUAUAGCGCUGAAGAGUUUAUUUAAAAAAAAAUAUCGAUACAGUUCGUUCGGUCUUCCUAUCUUGGCCUUUGACCCUGUUUUCUGCGACGGGAACGAGAUUAUUAGGUCCCUAAAGUGGCGGAGUCACGUGAUUCGCGUCUUUCCGAUACGAACGCCGCCUCGGGACGUGCGAUGACAUCGAAGGCUGGAUUUUUCUUUGGCCCGGGGACGAGUAUCGUCUUUACAUUAAGUCAAUGAAGUAAACGUUAUCCGUCCGGACGUCAAAUAAACGUCGAGUGGUUGACAACUUUAUAGCCGCUCCCGUUCUCUUGUGCAAACAUUUCUUCAUUAGCCGCUCCUAUUUGGCAUCGAAAGGGCAGAGAUGCCGCCUCCUCCUUCGCGUUAUUGUUACGUGAUUUAUGUCAAUUGGAAAUGCAAUUGUUCCUCCGCGUGACGACAAUAUUGAAUCAAACUCUAAGUCGCCUCUAGGUGGAGCAGCGUGGGUGGGAGUGGCAAGGAUGACGUGUUUAACACGUGUGACAGAUGUUUCGUAGCGGACAAUGCGUCUACGCGUGUAACGACGCCUGUGGACGCGUUUAACCGAAUCCGCCGUUAACCAUAUACAUACAGGUGUUACGUUUCUUUCACUCGUUACAUACGUUAAGGAACGGAAACAACCUUGAACCAUUGGUUUAUAAUUUCGUGUCUAGUCAACCAACGUUGUUGUAGUUUAAACCGCACAAUUUAUAUAAACAAUAGAUAAUCGAGUGUACGCAUAUUGUUACAUAUCGAAUGAUCUGCGUGCUGUUUGCGGAUCCGUUAAGGUAGAGACUUCUACAAAUGUUACUGCCAGAUGUAUACGAUUACUACAGUCUUGUAUAACACUGUAACAUUACAAAGAUAGGGUGAAGACGGAAGUAACGAUCCGUAAUUCGGAUGGUGACAUCUCUCUUUAAUUACUGAACAUUCUUCCGAGUAAAGAUCGUCAGAAACCUAUUGUAGAAUUUAAAAAAGCGGUAAACAGAACUGUUCCAGUCGAAUGUAACAGAAUAAUGGAAUUGUAAUCCAUAGAGCGUAACUGUGUUACACCUACAGAAGGAAUUCAAAAAUGCCGAAAUGGGGUAGUCGGUCUUGUAUAGCAGAAGAAAUCAAACCAGUUUUUAGACAUAGAGGGCUGACAGUUUUUUUGGAGUGGAGCGGGGGAUGGGAUGUUCCCUGCAGGGCGCAUAAUUCAGGGUGCAGGAGUUCGGUCUAAAAGUGUCCACCCCCUUUAAAUGCGGGUGUCUCAGGGCGAAAGUGGCCUCUUCGUAGCUCCCGAAUUAAUGUAGCGAAACGAUUUAUGCAACCGACGAGCGUCGAAUGACCAAUGGGAUUAUCGGCUGAUAAGGCUUCAAAGAAGUAGAAGGCAGGAAGUUAACGAGCGAGAGGCGUGCGAAACAUCCUUCCCUCUAUCUGUCCUUGCGCACCAGCUAAUGUUGAUAAAUAUGGCUGGGACGUGAUAUCUUAUUCCUCCAAGAUGGAAGGUUCUCACUGCAGGACCGAUGCUUAUAGAGAGAUCGAGAAGUAUUUGGAGAGAGCUCAGGACGAGAUCUGUAGAGCCUUCAACGACUUGCAGCGUUUUCAAGAAGAGGAACAUGUGUGGAUCAUCCCGCGACCACCCAGUGGCGAUUUUCAUCUGUUGGUUACGUGGGCGGAAGACUUCGCACGUCUGGUCGACAGUACUCUUCCGGAAAGCGAAGAUUUAAUGGAAUCAACCCUUCCUUACCGAAAAUGUAAAUACGCCCCCGAAUGUCCACUUUUGAAACGUGUGAGGCCCAAGUCGAUGGAGGUUGCCACCUCUUGUCCCUCUUGUAUAGCAAACACCCAGAGGACGUACAGGCGUCAACUUUCCACUCCUCUAACGCGCGAUGUAGAAAUUCAAACUCAAUGGACGGACGUUUGCGACGGACGAUGGUUAACUUCUCUUACUAACGAAGACUUUAAGAAACUCUUCAAACAAUCCAGCAUAUAUUCUUUCGACAACUAUGAAGAUUCUUCAAAUGACUACGUUCGUGAAGAUUUUAAAGUUAGUGACAAUCGCGACGUAUCCAUUCAAGCGAAGUUAAGCGAGGAAGACAUUUUCGCCUCCGAAAUGAACUUCAAAAAGGAAAUGACGUUCGAUUCCUGUGACCUGGAUUUACCAUUCGAAGAGGACCAAGAUUCCGAAUCCGAAGAGAUAGAAAGAUGCAAGUCUGAAGAAAAUCUCGCUAGAUCGGAAAUUCAGACGUGUAAGGAACAAUACAGUUCGUCACUUCCUAAAGAAUUCACUAGGAAACCACCAAUCAGAGACGUUCUUCCGAAUCGCUCGGCAUCAUUUUCUAAAGUGAGUCACACGGAACUUCGCGAUUUCAUGAAGAAGGUGGAAAGCAGCGCUUACAGGCCUCCGACUCCCGAAAAUAAAGAAGUAGAAACUGAAGACGUUACGGCGAUCGUAAUGCGUAAAGAUGCUGUCACUCAAACAACGCCUCAGCUGUCUAGAAAUUCUAGUUUCACUUGGGUUACGGAAUGCGACUGUAGUGAUCUGGAUUCCAUCUCUGAGCACAGUCAAUUGUCUUUCUCCUGUUCCACCACCACCACUUCCGACAUUGGUGAACAGGAAACCACUUCAUCGCCUUUUUCUUCGGAAUCUUCGGUUCUUAUCAGUAACAGGCGCAGCAGCAGCAGCAGCUUGUCUUUAUCGUCGGCAACGUCGCUAAAAUCCGAUUUUAGCGUGCUGCCGGAUGAUACGCGUGAAGUGGAGGUCACGUGGCAGAAGAAGGAUGCCAAAACUACAUUUAUUUCCCCUCUUAACGCCAAUCAGGGCGAUAUAACGCCGGAUAGCGGGGUGGAAACUAUCGUGGUAACUCCGGAUCUCAUCGUUAAGUCGUCUUCCGUUCCUACGUUGCAGCGCCAUCUUUCGUCCAGCGGCGAAAGCACUCCUUCCGGAAAUGUAGACGUAGACGAUUCGAUAUGUUUCGUCUCGAUUAAUCACUCGAAAUUUACAGAACUGCAAACUUUGGAGGCUUGCCUAUGGCUUCGAGCUGCAGGAUUCCCUCAAUAUGCCCAGAUGUACGAAGAAAACCAAUUUCCAAUAGACUUAAGAACAGUUCAAGCAGAUCAUAGCUUUUUAGAUGAAGAUUCCUUACAGUCACUUUUUAGGAGACUUGAUACCCUGAACAGAUGUGCCAAAAUGAAGGCCAUUGACUCUGUGACAAGACAUUCAUUACCAGAUGAUGACUCGGAUGAAGAGGAACUCUGUGCUUUGAGCGUCAGCUGGCAAUUCGAGAGAUCUAAUCGACGGUGGUCGAGGGUACCGAGUACCACAGAAGCUUUUAUCGUGAAGAAAUACUCUCCUUCUUAUAGCAGUGACAGUAUUUUUGGUGAAGAUCAUCAAAGCAGUCCUGAUAGUACUAGAAAAGUGUCUUUGGAAGGACAGAGAUCUGCAGUUACUGAAGAAACACAAUCCAUUUCGGGUUCCAGCUCGGGUGGAACUCCCAGCAUAAUUACAGAACUGAAUGAAAAGCCCCAGGUAAAAAAGAGUCUUAGACGCAGUGGAAGUGACAGAAUUAAAGAGGGUGCCAAGGCACUCUUAAGACGAAUGGACAGUUUGAAAGGAAAGAAAAAGAAAAAGAAUAGUCAGGAAGAAUCUGAAUCUCGUGAUAUAAUCAUGGUUACAGCAAACAAAACAACAGAAACUAGUCCCAACUGUAGUACUAGUUCGUCACCAAAAAUAUCACAUCAACAACAGUCUCCUACUUCCACCACUACAGAAGAAAGCUCAGCAGGAGGCGACACAUCAGAAGGAAGUCAGGGGAGUACUCCCAAAAUGAAACACAGGAGGAAAGUUUGGCGAAUACUCGGUCGUGGUGAACAGAAAUUAGAUUCAAAUUGUGAUAUAGAUCAAAAUGUGAUCCUGUUUCCUGAUCAAUGGACUGAUACUAAUUUUAACAACAAACUUUUAAAUGAAUAUAUACAAUCAAAAAGUCAUAAAUAUUCAGGUAAACAUAUUUAUGGCAAUGUAAAUGAACAUCCAGCUGAUAAAGAUAUAGAUUGGAACUAUCUCAGUCACAGAUAUAAAAAGUUUAGUGAUAGUUUAAUUUCUCCGGUUUUAUUUAAUCGAACUGGCUCUCUUGAUACAGAUAAACAAAAGAUAUUAGAUUCUUAUUUGAUAUAUUCUGGAGAUGAUAUAUCAACAAGAUUAACUAAUAGUGAUCCAGAAAUAUCUGAUAGUAUAGAUACUAGUACAUAUAGAGGAAGAAGAGAUUCUGGAGUUGGUUCCUCAUUAAAUAGAACUAUUACCUCUAGUAAUAUACAUUCAAGAUGGCACUGUUUUCCUUGUGAUCCCUUUUGGAAUUCUGCAUCCGAAUCAAGUACCAUAAAUAGCAAAAUAAGUAUUGAAGUUUUAUAUGCACCGCAAUUAAUGGUCCUCCGUAAAUUGUCAUUGCUGAAAGUGACAAUGCUAAUGGAAAAAUAUACUCCAUCUAGUAGGACUGGAUGGAACUGGGCAGUACCAAAAUUUAUUCGAAGAAUAAAAACACCAGAUUAUAAAGAUAAGAUAGUUUUUGGUGUUCCAUUAUUGGUAAUUUUACAAAGGACAGGAUAUUCAUUACCACCUUCUAUUCAAGAUGCUCUUGUUUGGAUAGAGAAAACAUCAUUGGACUUAGUAGGCAUAUUUAGAAAAAGUGGAGUUAGAUCUCGCAUCCAGAAACUAAGAAAUCAAAAUGAAUCCAAUUCAGAAAAAAUUGAAUAUGAAGAUCAACAAGCAUACGAUGUGGCAGACAUGAUUAAACAAUAUUUUCGAGAAUUACCAGAAGCUCUCCUGACUAAUAAACUAUCAGAAACAUUUAUUAGUAUCUUUCAAUAUGUUCCCGAAGAACAGAGACUGGAUGCAUUGCGAGCAGCAAUUCUACUAAUGCCAGAUGAAAACAGAGAAGUACUUCAUACACUGCUAACAUUUCUUAAUAAAGUUUAUCAGCAUGCUGGAGAAAAUCAAAUGACAGCAACCAACUUAGCUGUGUGUUUUGCUCCAUCUUUGUUUCAUUUGACAACACCUCGAAGUGCAAGUGCUAGUCCAAGGAGGAGAAAAACAGUUGUUGUGUUAGAUCAAAAAGAAUUGAAUGAGAAUCGUGCAGCUUAUGAAUGUUUAACCAAGAUGAUCUUAGAAUACAAGCAGUUGUUUACAGUGUCAGAAGAUAUGUUAUCAAAUCAACACAUGUCUUAUCUUGAACACUGUCAGCCUGCUACUUUAGAAGAAUUUGGAAGAUUUGCAAGCAAAACAAAUUCUGAUUGGAAAGUUUAUAUUGAUGGAUGCAUUAAUAAUAUGUUAAAGGAAGCAAGAGAUAAAUACAAAGAAUGGGUUCCGUUUACUCAGACUGAUGGUGCAGACAUUGCUUAUAAAAAAAUAAGGGAUAAUUAUCCUCUUAGAUUAUGGAAAGUGGUAGUAGAAGUUGAAGCACCUCCUGUUGAAGUUCUGAAUCGCAUACUAAGAGAGAGACAAGUUUGGGAUGAAUCUUUUAUUAAAUGGCGUGUCAUUACAAGGUUAGAUAAACACUCUGAAAUUUUCCAAUAUGUAUGUCGUUCAAUGCCUCCUCACCCACCAAGAGAUUACUGCAUUUUAAGGUCUUGGCAAACAGAUUUACCAAAAGGUACUUGUAUUCUCAUUGAAAUGUCUAUAAAUUAUUCAAAUAAACCAUUAAUGAUGAACAGCAUACAAGGUUUGGUACUGGCUUCUCGUUAUUUGAUUGAACCUUGUGGUUCAGGAAAAUCUAGAAUAUCUUACAUUAGUAGGAUAGAUUUGUGUGGUCAUUCAUCAGAAUGGUACAAUAAAGCAUAUGGUUAUAUUUCGGCUCUACAAAUGCUACGCCUGAGAGAUUCAUUCAUUCUAAAAAGUGAAGGACCGGAGACAAAAGUUUAAAAGUAGUUUAUGUUUAUAAAUAUUUAU